GCGUGGCCAGGAGGGGGGAAGUGGGUGGGGCCAGAUGUAUCCGGCCCCGCCCACACCUGCCGCCGCCAUCAUGGCCGCCGUCAUGGCCGCGCUGCUGGCGCUGCUGGCCCCUGUCACCCCCUUACAGGUGACAGUGACAGACCCCCGGACGGUGGCCCUGCUCUUCCAACCUGUCCUGCUCCGGUGUCACUACCAGACGGUGGCCCUCGACCCCCCCAUCGUCACCUGGAAGUACAAAUCCUUCUGUCCCACCCCGCAAGGGGACAACGGGGUUGUCACCUCCCCCGGGGACAUCCCCGAUGUCACCUCUCCUUGUUCGGAUGCCACCCGGACCGUCCGUAUCGUGGCCACCAAGCAAGGCGGCGUUGUCACCCUCGGGGACUUCUACAGAGGACGCGGUGUCACCAUCUUGGGAGGGGCGGAGCUGAGCCUGGGCCCGGCGGCGUGGGGUGACAGCGGCGUCUACAUCUGCACCGUCACCUCCACCCAGGACCUGGAGGGCAACAACGAGGCCGUGGCUGAACUGGUCGUACUGGGGUCCCUACCGGAGGCCACCGACCUCUUGCCGGGCGUCCAGCUGGGGACCCUGCCAGACUGGCUCUUCGUGGUGCUGGUGGGGCUGGGGGGGGCGCUGGGGGCGCUGGCCGUGGGGCUGUGCUGGUGCCAGUGCUGCCCCCACACCUGCUGCUGCCUCCUGCGCUGCCCCUGCUGCCCCCAGCGCUGCUGCUGCCCCGAGGCCCUGUACUUCGCGGGGAAGGCGGCCACCUCCGGGGGAAUGGUGGGACCCUACGGACCCUCCCCGCCCCCCCUCGCCCUUCGGACCCUCGCAAGCAGCCAGAGCUCCCACGUCCCCCUGCUACGCGACAACGACGGCAGCGUGGUGUCAGGCCCCCCCGCGCCCUCCCCCAUCGUCCUGCGUUACUUAGAGGAGCAAAUCGACGCCUUCAAACCCCACGGCCGCUACCCCCCGUCGAGGGCAGGUCCCCCCCUGAGUGACAUCAGCUCCCUCCACGAAGCCCCCGAUUCCUGGGUGCCCCGAGGGCGCCCCCCGUCCCCCCCUUCCCCCCCCCGGGGGCGCUGGCGCUCGGCUGAAUUUUUGGGGGGGUCGAAGGGGGGGUCGCCCCCCCUGUCUCGUCCCCGUUCUCGUUCCCGUGACGAUCUUUUAGGGGGGGCUGAACCCCUCCCCCAUCAUCCCCCCGGACCCCCCCGACGCCUCCGGAAGCACGACGCCCUGAGCCGCGAGAGCCUGGUGGUCUGAGCACCCGCACGUCUGGGGGGGGCCUGGGGUGCCCCCCCCCCCCCGGAGCUGGUUUUGGGGCUUUUCGGGGGGGUUUUGGGAUUUUUACAGUUUUUUUAAUACGGGGGAGGGGUCACCCUUCCACCCCCCCCCCCCCAAUUUUGGGGUGAAAUAAAG